AUGGCCACUGCCUCUCGUUUAUCCUCCAAUGUGGACGCUAGUCUUACUCGAGUUUUCACCGAAGAACUUUCGUGUCCGAUCUGUCUGGAGGAACUGAUAGAACCUAAAUGUCUUCCAGUUUGUGCUCACAACGUCUGCAAGGCUUGUUUAGACAAUAUGGCUCGUAAAAAUAGUGAAAUAAUCCGUUGUCCGACUUGUCGACAGAUUUCCCGUAUCCCUCCCGGAGGGAUAAGUUCUCUGCCGACGAACAAUGUGCUCAUUAAAUUUAUAGAGGUCACACCUGGUCGAAAAGAGCGUCUCAAGAUUCAGAAAUCACUGGAUCACAGCAAACCCGUGGUGGAAGAAAUGCGUAAAAGGCUCACCAUUCUAGAUAGCGCUUUGGAGAGUUUAGAUGAUAAUUGGAAAAAGACACUGGAAGAGGUGCGCUUCACAAGCAAUACCCUGAUAGAAAUAAUAAGAAGCCAGGAAAGCAAAUAUUUGCAGGAAUUGGAAGAGUUUUACAGCAAGAAACAGAAGUCCCUUCAGAAUCAGAGACAAACCUUGUCUACUCUGACGGCAAAUGCAUCAUCGUGCGUUCAGGCAGCAGACGAAGUCCUUGAAAAAUCAGACCCACAAGAGCUAAAAGAUAUGGAGGAAGUACUGACACAACAACUCAAAGAGAUUAAACUGAUGAAUUUUGAAGAUAUCAAUGAGAUGAGAAGUAAAUGUGAUGAAAAGCUGGAGUUUUAUCCAAACCAUGAUUUUCAGCUUAACCUGGAAAAAUAUUGUAUUGGUCAACUCAAAUCGGAAAUAACGCAGAGAAGUCCCAGCAAUUUGGGAUUCUCCACAGAUACUGCUGACAUUAACUCAAUGGGGCGGGUCAUUAAGAAAAUUGGACACAAGGGAACAAGGAAAGGUAAUUUCAAGAACCCUGGGGGCAUAGCAUCAAAUGAGAAAGGAGAAAUUGCUGUCACUGAUUACUUCAACAAUCGCGUUGAAGUUUUCAAUGAGAAUGGGAAGUUUUUAUUUAAAUUUGGCAAAAAAGGACAUGACGAAGGGCAACUUUUGGGUCCAACAGGAAUAGCAUACACGAGAAACAACAAAAUCAUUGUCUUGGACAGCAAGAAUUACAGAGUACAAAUCUUUGACAAUACUGGCCGCUUCCUCAUGAGUUUUGGCAAAAAAGGAUCAAAUGAGGGCGAACUGGGACAGGCGGAGGGUAUUUCAGUCGAUGACAAUGAUAAUAUUAUUGUCACUGAUACUGAAAACAACCGAGUGCAAAUCUUUCUGCUGGAUGGUACAUUUGUACGUCAAUUUGGUGCGCAUGGCCCAGAGGGGUUUGACAGACCCUUAGGAGCUGUACACCACAAAGGUGAAUUUUACAUUUCUGACAAGGGAAACAACUGCGUGAAAGUAUUUGAUAACAAUGGAAUUUAUGUGCGGCAGUUUGGAAGAGUAGGAAAUGCCACUAGUGAAUUUAGAUGUCCCAGGGGAAUUACUGUUGAUAAGACAAAUGAUCGCAUUUUGGUGUGUGAUAGUGAAAAUCACUGUGUACAUGUUUAUAAGCUAGAUGGUACGUAUGUCACAAAAUUUGAAACAAAAAAGACUCCAGUUGGAAUUGACCUCCUUAAAGGAAGGCAGGUAAUUGUAUCGUCAUACUACGGUCAUUGCUUUCAAAUUCUGUCAUAUUCAUGA